GACGAAGCUCAACGCGGCGGCGCAGACAAACGCGGCGCUCGCGCGGAAGACCAUCGAGGAGAUCAUCAAGACAGAAAAAGGCCCCGUGUUCAACCUUGCGGCACAGAUCUUCAAUCACACUUUCUACUGGGAGAGCAUGUGCCCUAAUGGAGGCGGCGAGCCGACGGGCAAGGUUGCCGACGAGAUCAAGGCUUCCUUCGGCAGCUUUGCGAAGUUUAAGGAGGAGUUUACAAAUGCGGCUGUGGGCCACUUUGGCUCGGGCUGGGCGUGGCUCGUGAAGGACACCGCCUCCGGCAAACUGAAGGUUUACCAGACGCACGACGCGGGGUGCCCGCUGACUGAGCCCACCCUGAAGCCGCUCCUCGCCUGCGAUGUGUGGGAGCAUGCCUACUACCUUGACUACAAAAACGACCGUGCGGCGUACGUGCAGGCCUUUUGGAACGUUGUCAACUGGAAGCACGCGGAGAACUGUCUCUGGAGGAGUGAACUCGUGCGGUUUCGCAGUGAUUUGUAG